AUGUGGACCGAAUUUGCAUCGACAGCCGUGGCAUGGGCAGAUUGUUUAAGAUUAUGCAAUGAUAGAGGACGACGACCAAUAUCAUUCGAAGUUCGACUGAGUUUUGAAUACAAAAUUAAUAAUUAUCUUUCAGUAUUUAUUAAAAAAGAAACGGAAACAAAUGAUCAUGGUUAUCUAUCAACAAUACCAUGCACCGAUCAACCAAUUAUGUGGAUUCAUUCAAGUUUAGUUGAAACCAAUGGUGAUAAUAGUUAUGACAUAAGUCGAAUUUUUGAUCAUAAACACAAAAUUCGACUUAUUUAA